AUGGCCUCAGUUUCCUGCUCAGAUUAUCCGUCGUAUGCUGCAGCGCUGAGCUUCUGGAAGAGUCUCGGCAGGGAGGACUCGACGGCAUCACGCCGCGUUCAGCCGCUGGGCGAGUCGUCCAGCGGCGGAUCGAACGACACGAGCCUUGCUUCCGCCGUCACGGCCCGCUGCAGCACCAACAAUGAUACUAGCCAUGACGCCGGCGCCGAAUGCAACGACGCCUGCUCUCGCGACGACACAGAAGCAGCGCCAAUGCUUCCAGUGCUUCCACAUGUGACGUUGGAUCAAGCGCCGACACAAGAUCCGGCUUCAAGGUCAGAUCAAGUGACGCUUAAAGCGGCCGAUUGUGCCGAAUCGCAAACUGCAGCUGCAACGUCGGAUUCCGCAGCAUCGCGACGUGCAGCAUCAGAAUCUGCCGAGACGAACUCUCCAGCAUCGGAGCCUGCAGCAUCGGCGCAUUCUGCAGCUUCGGCGCAUUCUGCAGCAUCGGCGCAUUCUGCAGCUUCGGCGCAUUCUGCAGCACCGGCGCAUUCUGCAGAUUGGGCGGAUUGUGCAGCGUCGGCGGAAUGCGCAGCGUCGGCGGAAUGUGCAGCGUCGGCGGAAUGUGCAGCGUCGGCGGAAUGUGCAGCGUCGGCGGAAUGUGCAGCGUCGGCGGAAUGUGCAGCGUCGGCGGAAUGUGCAGCGUCGGCGGAAUGUGCAGCGUCGGCGGAAUGUGCAGCGUCGGCGGAAUGUGCAGCGUCGACGGAAUGUGCAGCGCAUUCCCGCGCGUCAACGGCGUCAGCAGGUCGCAGCAAGGCAGCACAUACUGUACCGCCGUCGCGCACCCCGAAGCCGAGCAACAAGAGAGUGAAUGUGAGGCGCGUGGAGGGAGCGACUCUGAUUCCUAGGCCUAGCUUUGCUGCACCACACGGGGAGGUGCAGGGAGUGCAACUUGAAGCUGCACGCAAGCGGCCUAGCACAACACCCAAGGUCGGGCUCGCCACCUCAAGGCGCCCAUGGCGGCCUUGA